CCACCCCCACUUAGAGGAGGAGGGGGCGCUCGGUGCAGGAACCGGAGAGGACUUGCAGGCGGCAGCAGGGCGGGGCUCCACAAGGGGCCCCGGCAGGAGCCAGCUCCCAGGCAGCCGCUUUCGGAAUCGGAAGGAGGGAAGGAGAGCGAGCGGGAAGGAGCCGCUGACCCCGCCCCAGCCCACGCCCAGCCCCCAGGCGGCGGGAGGACUUUUCCGGCUGGGCUGCCCGGCAGCAGGCAGGACCGGGACGCGGACGCUCACCAGCCCAGCCAACACUCCGCAAGAAUGGAAAUCCCUCCGACCCACUACCCGGCCGCCAGGGCGGCCUCGGUGGUCGAGAGCUGCAUCAACUACCAGCAGGGGACCCCGCACAAGGUGUUUCUGGUGCAGACGGUCACACAAGCCAGCCUGGAGGAUAUUCCAGGAAGAGGACAUAAGUAUCGUCUUAAAUUUUCUGUGGAAGAAAUUAUCCAAAAAGAAGUUACAGUGGACUGCACAGCUGAAGUGCUGUACCCUCCAAUGGGACAAGAGACGGCACCAGAAGUCAACUUCACAUUUGAAGGAGAAAUUGGAAAAAACCCAGAUGAAGAAGAUAACACAUUUUAUCAAAGACUCAAGUCCAUGAAGGAACCACUAGAAGCACAAAAUAUUCCAGACAGUUUUGGAAAUGUACCUCCAGAAAUGAAGCCAGUUCGACAUUUAGCCUGGGUUGCCAGUGGUUAUAUAAUAUGGCAAAACUCUACUGAAAAUACAUGGUAUAAAAUGGCAAAAAUUCAAACUGUCAAGCAAGUGCAAAGAAAUGAUGACUUCAUCGAGUUAGACUACACUAUUCUCCUUCAUGACAUUGCAUCUCAGGAGAUUAUUCCUUGGCAAAUGCAAGUUCUCUGGCAUCCACAAUAUGGUACUAAAGUAAAACAUAAUAGCCGUCUGCCAAAGGAAGCACAAUUGGAAUAAACAAGGACCAUAACACUGGAUAAAGUGUAAACACGCUUGUUAAUGAUGACCUGUAUACUAGUCUUCACUGAUAUCUAGCUUAAGGGGUUAGACAAAUCCCAAAAGUGUCAUUAUGUAUAAAUGGCCUGAUUACAGUACAGAACUAUAUAGCUUCCAUAAUAAAGUGCGUCACAGUGUCAAAGUGUCUUAUCAACAGUAACAGUGCCAUGUGUACCCCUAAUAAAAGCUUUUAAUUCCAGCCUCA